GAAAUAUUUUAGGAAAGAGCCAGAGGAACAUCUCAGAAUUACGGAGUUUCCUUUACUUUCUGAAAUUUACAGAGGUCAACAUGGAUAAGAUCUUGUUGUGGAACCUCCUGUUGUUUUUUUCUGGAAGUCAAGCCUCAAGAACCUGGGCUCAAAAAAAUGCCGAAUUUGCAGUGGACCUUUAUCAAGCUAUUUGCUUAUCUCAAAAGAACAAUGUUGUAUUUUCUCCCCUUGGAACAACUUUAGCUCUUGCAGUGGUACACCUGGGAGCAAAAGGAAAAGCACAACAGCAGAUAAGACAAACUUUGAAGCUUCAGGACCCUGCAACGGGAGAAGAAUUUUCUGUGCUGAAGUCAUUUUUCUCUGCCAUCGCAGAGAAAAAAGAAGAAUUUACAUUUAAUCUUGCCAAUGCCCUCUACCUUCAAGAAGGAUUCACUGUGAAAGAACAGUAUCUCCAUGGCAACAAGGAGUUUUUUCAGAGUUCUGUAAAACUGGUAGAUUUUCAGGAUGCAAAGGCUUGUGCAAAGACAAUAAGUACCUGGAUAGAAAGCAAAACAGAUGGAAAAAUUAAAAACAUGUUUUCUGAGGAAGAUUUUGGCCCUCUGACUCGACUUGUCCUAGUGAAUGCUAUACAUUUCAAAGGAGACUGGAAACAGAAAUUCAGAAAAGAAGACACAAAACUGAUGAAUUUUAUUAUGAAAGAUGGUUCAGCGGUCAAAAUUCCAAUGAUGAAGGCUUGGCUGAGAGCAAAAUAUGGUUAUUUUUCUGAACCCUCCAUCAAUUACCAGAUCUUAGAAUUGCCCUAUAAGAAUGAUGACUUUAGCUUAAUCAUCAUACUUCCUGAAAAAGGUGUAAACGUAGACGACAUGGAAAAACUACUAACUGCUCAUCACAUUCUGAAAUGGUCCUCUGAGAUGGAGGGAGAAGUGGUGGAAGUAUUUCUCCCCAGAUUGACUGUAGAACAAAAAUUAGACUUCAAGGAAGCUUUGCAUUCUUUGAACAUAACUGAGAUAUUUAGUCGUGGCUGCAACCUUUCUGGAAUAACAGAUUCGUCAGAAGUGUAUGUUUCUCAAGUCAUGCAAAAAGUUUUCUUUGAGAUAAAUGAAGAUGGCAGUGAAGCUGCAGCAUCAACUGGUGUGCACAUUCCUAUGAUCAUGAGUCUGACUCAAACCCAAUUUAUAUCAAAUCAUCCAUUUCUAUUUAUUAUGAAGUAUAAUCCGACAGAAUCAAUUUUGUUUAUGGGAAGAGUGACAAAUCCUUACACCCAAAAGAUGAAAAGAAGAGAUUUAGAUUCACUGUGAAUGAAAACACAGCUCAAGAACACAAGACAAAUCCUGGAAAAUAGUUGAUUGGCAAAAUAUCGCUGCCUUGAAAAUAUUUUCUUUGUAUCAUUUUUUGUUCGUAACUAUGCCCAUAUUAAUCUCUAUUAAUGUAGUUCUGUAUUAAUAGAUAUGAAAUUUGAUAUGUAUUUGUUUCUGUUCUAUGUGUUUAACACAGCCUAUAUAAAUCCAAAUCAAGGAGAUUACAUGAAAUAAAAUUGUUAGAUGUUAGAACAAUCCUAAAAAGACUUAGAUAUCCAAUUUCUGCCUUAGUUAUCAAAUUCCGUAUGUUCCUGGAAGACUGGACUAUCCAAGUCCUCCACUCCGCAGCGUUAUCUAGAUGAUGCAGAGGAAAAUUCAAGAGAGUGAAGAUGGUACAUGCUGGGUUGUGGAUGAAGGCGCAGAGAUCCAGUCCCUAUGACAGUAAAUAAACUUUAGAUUUUUGUGAAUUUUAACCUGUUCUUCCACGUGUUAAUAUCUGGAUUGUUUCAUUGUA